AUGAAUUCUGAACCAAUAUUACCAGGAAAAAAACAUAAGUUGAAUCAUUAUCUAAUCAUAUUGAUCCAAAAAAUUUCUGGUAGAGAUUUUGGAAGCAGAGUUGUACAUACGAAACCUCAUUUUCGAUUAAGAACAAGGCCAAUGCCACAACAAGAGCAGGAAGGAAAUAAUGCAAAUGUAAGAACCACCAUAAAACGUGUACCGUUUGCUACCCCAACAGCAAUACCAACAGAUCCAACAGCCUUAGAAUUGGAAUUGAUACAUCCACCACCAGUGCCACCAUCAAUGACCACUCUGCUGGAAGAUCGAUCCAAACUACUCUAUGCUCCAUUUGACAAAACAACAUUUCUACCGAUUUUUGAUUUAUUCCUGUACAACGUUAGCAAGUAUCUUGGAUAUUUUGGAUAUCGUGAUGGUGCAGAGUGUAGCAAUGAUUUACCGGAAGAUGUGCUAUACGAAGUUGCUAUGAAUAUAUUAAAACUGUUGGAUAAUGGAGAUACGACAGGAUGGAGUGAUGCGCGUAAAAAAGAAGAAAUUGAAAAAUCGUUAUUGAUGUCGCCAUCACCAUUAGUUCCACCAUCGGAAUUGAAGGAAGUGCCGUCAGACUUUUUUGCGGAAUUGAUUGGAUCUGCAGAACUGGUUUUGGAGUUUCCGAAAAAGGAAGUUGAUGGUAAGAUGAAAAGAAUAGACUAUGAUUAUUUAGAAAAGCUAUUUAAAGAAAGAAGGGAAGGCGGCGGUGGUGAUCAGGAAAAUGACAAUGAUGGCAUUGAUGAUUUGUCAUCAUUAGAUAUAAACAUCAUCCCACCACCAUCACCACCAAUAGCAAUUACUGAUGUAGUUGAAAAUGCCAAUGAUCCAUUUGAAGGAGUUGUUGUUGGAAAUCAAGAGGAAUACGAUGAUAUUCUUGUGAAUUAUAAAAUUGAUUACGAUUAUGAUAUCACUCCUUAA